AACCGAUUUAUUUAAGCUCGCCAUCGCUACGUGACAUGAUGACUGUCAGAUUUUUUGCUAUUGAAUUGCAUUUCGCUUCGUUCGUUGUUUGAAGAGUUAAAGUAGAAGUGUAAUAAUAGUUUCCUGUGUUUAAAUUAUUCUUUAUUCUUACCACGAAUCGUUUUAAAACUAUUAUCUAGAUUAUCUAAAACGCAAUUAUAAAAAUGCCCAGUCAAGAAAUCGUCACCACCAAAGUUGUGGUUCAUCCCUUAGUAUUACUGAGUGUAGUGGACCAUUUUAACCGAAUGGGAAAGAUUGGCAAUCAGAAACGUGUUGUAGGUGUUCUCUUAGGUUGCUGGAGAGCUAAAGGGGUUCUUGAUGUAUCCAACAGCUUUGCAGUGCCAUUUGAUGAGGAUGACAAGGAUAAAUCAGUGUGGUUCUUAGAUCAUGAUUAUUUGGAGAAUAUGUAUGGUAUGUUUAAGAAAGUAAAUGCCCGUGAAAAAGUUGUGGGCUGGUACCACACUGGGCCAAAACUUCACCAAAAUGAUGUGGCCAUCAAUGAGCUGAUCAGGCGUUAUUGUCCAAACUCUGUUCUUGUUAUAAUCGACGCCAAACCUAAAGACUUAGGCCUGCCUACUGAAGCUUAUCAAGCAGUUGAAGAAGUACAUGAUGAUGGUAGUCCUACCACUAGAACUUUUGAACAUGUGCCCAGUGAAAUAGGAGCUGAAGAAGCUGAAGAAGUUGGAGUAGAGCAUUUACUAAGAGACAUUAAAGACACUACAGUUGGCAGCUUAUCACAGAGAAUCACUAAUCAAUUACUUGGCUUGCGUGGAUUACAUUCACAACUUACUGAAAUCAGGGAUUACCUCAUUCAAGUUGGUCAAGGAUCUUUACCAAUAAACCAUCAAAUAAUUUACCAGUUGCAAGAUAUCUUUAAUCUUAUACCUGAUAUUGCUAAUGAUAACUUCAUUGAUAAUCUUUACAUUAAAACAAAUGACCAGUCUCUAGUAGUUUAUCUUGCUGCUUUAGUCAGAUCAAUUAUAGCUUUGCAUAAUCUCAUUAACAAUAAGAUUACUAAUAGAGAUGCUGAAGAAGGAAAAAAAGAGGAUGCAAAGGACAAGAAAGAGAAGAAAGAUGAAAAGGAUGACAAAAAAACUGAGGAGAAAGUGAAAGCAGAUAAAAAGGAGAAAGAAGAAAAGAAGAAGUAAUAUAAAUCAUUAGAGUUAAGUCGUUUGUAAUACUGAAUUAU